AUGCAAAUUUUAAAAAAUUCCAAAAUUAACCCCCCCCCUUCCCCCCCGCCCCCCCCCCCCGACUCACAGAAGACCCGCAUACAGAGAACAAUUCUAUGUUCUAGAAACAAGAGAAGGCGAUAUGGGUUUGAAAGAUCAACAAAGCUCGUGCUAGAAUCAGCUUGUAUUAUUGCCUCGAAAAUUGGGAUUCUACCGGAACCGCUGGAGUUAUUGUUGAGAGAAUUGGGAGGUGGCAAUAGAGGCGGUAAUGGAGGAGGGUUUGGAUCCUGGAAUGGAUUUGGAUGGGGAGCUUACGAUGGUUCGAAAAAGAGAAGAAAAUCGAAAUUGGGAAUUUUGGUUAUUUUGGUAAUUUUGGGUGUUGGCAUAUGGUUAGUUUCGGGUAAAGAAUUGGUUAUAGAUGAUGUUUCCUUGGGGGGCUUGGGUUUAGUUUUAUUUGGGCUUUCAAUGGAUGGGUGGAGAAGAGGAACUAAAGAUUGGAUUUUGGGAUUUUGUUGCUGUGCUGUUUUAAUGAGUUUUUUGUGCAAGAAAGAAAAUAUUGAGGGAUGUGUUAGGUAUUUUAGGACUAUGAAGCUGAAUAGAAAAAGAAAAUGGAGAGUAUUCUGAUGAACCACUGUCUUUUUCUUUUUUCUUUGGUGACUAUUUGUUUUAAUUUUUCGUUAUGUUUGUGCAAUUUGCAAUUUUGCAUUGUUGUUUCAAGACAAGGAUUUUU